UUACAGCUAUGCCAACAUUUAAGGCCAAGUGCUCUAGUCCACACAAUGAUGUGAACAUAUCGUUGAUUUUUCCCUUCAAAUCAUAUCAUAUAAUGAUACAAUACUAAUACACCUAUAUAUAUCUCCCAAAAUUCAAUCACAACAACAAUGUCAAAAACAGGGCAAUGUGCAAUAUUAUCAGCAUUACUAACCCUCCAAAUACUUAGAGCAUUAUCAGCAUCUCUACCAAAUUGCCCUGAAAAAUGCGGCAACGUUACCGUCCCUUACCCCUUCGGCAUAGGCGAUAAAUGCCACUACGGCACGCCGACCGACGACGGUAGAUACUUCAAUCUAAGUUGUGAUCAUACUACCACUCCUCCAACUUUAGCUUUAGGUAUUGGAUUACAACUACUAAAAAUCACCUUACAAGGUGAACUCUUAGUAAAUCAACCAAUUUCAUAUCGUUGUUUUAACAAAGGAUCAAAUAGUAGUACCCCUUCAUCUCAAAAUCAUGCAUUUAUUCAUACUAAAAGGUUCCCCCUAUCGACCACUCGUAACAUUUUUGGUGCAAUUGGGUGCGACACAUUUGUGACAUUAAAUGGUACAAGGAAAAACAAGAGAACAUUUCGUGCAGGUUGUAUGACAGUUUGUGCAGCUGCUGAAGAUGUUGAUACUAAAUCAUGUUCGGGAAUUGGGUGUUGUUUAGUAUCGAUUCCGCACGGUGUUGCUGAUCUAGACUUCAUAUUUACAACUCCUGAUGAACAGAAAUUGGUGCGCGAUUUUAACCCGUGUAGUGUUGCAUUUGUUUUGGCUAAAGAUUAUGUUGGUAAAGAUGAUGCGUUACCAUUUUCUAUCAAAGAGACUUUGUUACAAGAUGAUUUGUAUUAUAGGAAGAAUUUGACGUAUCCAGUUGUUUUUGAAUGGUCGAUUGGAGAGCAAGGUUGUGAAGCAGCGAAAGAUGCUGGUGGUGGUGGUUACUACAUGUGUAAAGGAAAUAGCACAUGUUUUGACAGGGAGUAUUAUCAGACAGGGUAUCGAUGUAAAUGUAAUAAAGGGUUUGAGGGUAAUCCUUAUUUUCAUGAUUGUCAAGAUAUUGACGAAUGUGCGAAAGAAAACCACAAUGGGUGCAACAAACCAGCAGUCUGCAUCAACACUCUUGGAAGUUAUUAUUGCAAAUGCCCACAAGGUUAUAAAGGUCAUGGCACUUUGAACGAUCCUUGUAUUCCUGAUCCCAACACUAAUAAUCGUGGUCUAUACAAAUUGUUAAUAGGACUAAGUGUAAGUUUGGGAUCCAUAAUUUUGUUUCUUGUUGGAUGGUGGUUAUAUGUUGUUAUCAAGAGAAGGAAGGUUUUUAAACAAAGAGCCAUGUACUUCAAAAGAAAUGGCGGUAUGUUACUGGAACAACAUAUGUGUUCUGACGGAGUUGUAGAAUGCACAAAAAUGUUCACUGUCGAUGAGUUAGAGAAAGCUACUGAUCACUUCAAUGAGGACAGAAUACUUGGACGAGGAGGUCGCGGCAUUGUCUAUAAAGGAAUGCUUGGUGAAGGAAGAAUUGUUGCAGUAAAGAAAUCUAAGAUAUUAGAAGAUAGUCGAAUCGAAGAAUUCAUCAAUGAAGUCGUCAUCUUAUCACAAAUUAAUCAUCGUAACAUAGUUAAGUUAUUAGGAUGUUGUUUGGAAACAGAAGUUCCAUUAUUGGUUUAUGAGUUUAUUCCUAAUGGAACUCUAGACCAUCAUAUUCAUUAUCCAAGUGAAGAGUUUAUAAUCACUUGGAGAAUGCGCUUGCAAAUUGCUUCUGAUUCGGCCGCAGCACUUGCUUAUCUACAUUCAGCUUGUUCAAUUCCUAUAUUUCAUAGGGAUAUUAAAUCUUCCAACAUACUACUAGAUGAUAAAUACAGGGCAAAAUUGUCGGAUUUUGGGACUUCAAGAUCAGUUGCAACUGAUCAAACCCAUGUAACUACUCGUGUUAUGGGGACAUUUGGUUAUUUGGAUCCCGAGUACUUCCAUACUAGCCAGUUUACUGAUAAGAGCGAUGUUUAUAGUUUUGGCGUAGUCCUUGUGGAGCUUCUAACAGGACAGAAGGCAAUACGCGCUGUGAUUGAAGAGGAUAGAAGUUUGAUAUCAUGGUUUCUUUCCCAUAUGGAAGAGGAAAACUCUUGUUUGCUUGAUAUUAUAGAUUCUCAAGUUCUACAGGAGGGUUUGGAGCAACAGAUUCAUACAAUUGGAAGUCUUGCAAAGCGUUGCUUAAGUUUGGAUGGAAAGAAAAGACCAACAAUGAAAGAAGUUUUGCAAGAGAUAGAAGUGGUGUUAGCGCUUCAUUUACCCUAUAAAAAUGAAGCAAAUGAGCAAAAGUUAGUGCAAGUGUCUGAUGUAACUAAUAACAAAAGUUUAUACUAUGAUGGUGUUUCGAGUUCCGGCACAUUUUAUACCGAAGGUAGCUCGUUAAGUUCUUCGGAAGUGUCUUUGUUAUUCAGUACCAGAUGAUCGAUGUAGAUAUCUUUAACAUACAUUUGGUUAUAUAGCCUUGUUAUGAAGUGAUUUAAUCUACAGAAGUAUAUCAUUUAUUCAUUUGUUCCUUUAGAUGUA